AUGACUGCCGUCCUCGUGGCUACAUGCACUACUACGACGGGACUCGAGCAUCAUCUUGGAAAUAUCAGCUGCAGGCCCGGCGGCGCACCGAUACAGAAUAGAGGAGUCACAGGAGACCAGGAAAAGCUGUUGCUAAGGAUACGCGCCGAUACACAACAGGCCCAGCAGGAUUUAUUGACUGGAUCGCCAGGAUUGGCUAUGUCACAGACGCGCGGGAGGGGGAAGACAUCCGUGACCGCUAAACUUCCCUCCUCAGCGGCCAAAGAAAAUGUAGUGGGGAGGAACGGAAUAAGUGGGUUGGCUGCGAAGAGGAAAGCGAUUGAUUAUGAUGAGGAUGUCGAGGGUUUUCAGUUCACGCGUGCUGGGAAUGUCAAAAAACCGAAGCAGACAAACGGGGUUCUAUUGAAUGGAGCAUCAGACGGUAGCUCAACUCCUGAACUGAGUAGUGCUGCCUCUGUCCUUCGGCAACAGAAGAAAAAGCCUGUAACGUCACGAAAACCGAACGAUAUUAUUGAACCGUCGUCGGAAUCCAUCGAUAAUAGAACUAUGAAACCCAAAUCAAAACGACCGGUCCAAGACAGUACUGAGCCAAUGAACCAGAAACAAUCAAAGUCGCUGAAGAAAAUACAGACGCCAGAUCCAGGACCUAUACAUGUGGCUAAGAAACGAAAACCAGGUAGCAGCAAAGAUUCGGCGCCUAAAAUAACUCCAAAAGAUAACGAGGAAGCGAUCCAGAGUACGCCGGAAGAAAUACGAAAUGCUAGUACCAAAAUCGCACUGCCAUUCGCCGACACCCCCGUCAUCCAGAGAAAUAAGGAUAUGAGGAAAGAAAAAAGCCGCAAAGGCCAGAGGAGAAGCAGCCUUAGUCUUCGUGGUCGUAGAGCGAGCUCCUUGAUAGAUAGCGGAGUAUCAAAUGCUAGCGAGGGGCUUCCUGAGCCGCGACGAAUGAGACAAUUACUCACUUGGUGUGCCACCAGGGCACUUGGUGAGAAGCCGACGGGGUCACGGUCAGAGGACGAAAGCGCCAGGUUGGCUGCCCGCGUUAUUCAAGAAGAGUUACUAAAAGAUUUUGGAGACAGGUCAGACUUGACAGAUUGGUUUAGUCGGCCAGAAACAACCACUCCAGCGGUUGUCAUUAAAAAACCGAACCCAAAAAAUAUACAAAACGCCGACAAGAUAAAGGAGCUAGAAGAACAUAUUCGGCGUCUCCAGGCGGAGCGUCAGUCUCUUGCAGCUCUUAUACGGCCACCAUCGGUACCAAGUAUUGGCACUAAAUCGGAUAUCAUCAAACCCCCUACAUCCAAACCAGACGAUAGACCUGAGCCUUUGCGGCAUGACCCGCCAGCCAUCAACCAAUCUCUCCUUGAUCCAACUCAAGCGUCAAUUUUAAAUAUUCUUGGCCAUUCAGAAUCACGGACCAAAGAAGCCUCCUCAAAAACCGCUAACUCCAGCCCUGAAAUCGAUACCUCCAUAUUAUCAAUAUUAGAGCGCCUAACACGGCUUUCCACUUCCCUAACACCGGCUCUUGACUCCUUUGCAACUGGCAUCCACAAUAUUGAGAUGUUCCGGCAAUCCGCAGACAGCCUCAGCAGCCACAUAUUACGUAUAUGUGCUCGAAGACUGGAGGAGCGAGAUGCACUACAAGGCAAAAAUGCUGAUGUGUUGACGUUGCCUGGAGGAAAAGAGGACGGCAAGAACAGUCUCCAAGGAACAGUAGUCGGCGGAAGGGAAGAUUUAAGCGAUAUUUUAAGAGCUCUAAGCAGGCUUGAGAGGAGAUGA